AUGAUAUUACUUUUUGGGAGUGUUGAGGUAGUUGCGGUUGUUGUUGUUAUCAUUUUAUUUAUUGCCCUGAUUAAACAUAUUGAUGAAGGUACCUUAGAAGAUCAAAAAAGAAAAAUUUUCUUUUUUCCACAAUAUAAUAAUACUACACACCAAUUUGAAUGUACUAAUGUUAAUUUAGAUAAUACAGUACUUCAAGAUAAAUCUAGUAAUACUACUAUUCUCCAACAAAUCGCUGAGUUUGGAGCUAUUCUUGGUUUACUUUUUAAUGUGGCCGUUUAUGGUGUGACCUCCAAACUUAGUUUUAAAAAUACAUGUAUUGUAGAUGAUUUGUUAAUUCUUACAUGUUUUUUGGUCCCUAUCAUUUCGUGGUUCUUCCUUACCAAAUCUGUUUAUGUUUUUGCCUAUGACCAUAAUUAUCCUGAUAAACUUGCUUGGGUAAUAGCACUUUUCGCAAUUGCUCUUUUAGUUACUUUUUUAUUCGUUUGCUACGUAGUAUGUUGUUUUCAUAAUAUAUCCAUAUUUCCUUUGAAAUCUUUAAAAUCUAGUCUAUUCAAUCACGAUUUUUAUGAUAAACUUAAGGGAUUUAUUAUAUGGAUUAGUUUUUUUAAUUCUAUUCUAAUUGCUAUAUUUGAUCUAACCGAAGAAUUAAUUCAUAAUGAUAGAAAUUAUCCUGAUCCUGAAAAGCGGGAUUUACCAUUUAUAAAUGCUCUUAUUAAUUUUGAUUUUUUAAGUUCCCUUACCGAUUUUUUUUAUUUUUUUUCAAGUUUUUGGUUACUUAUAUCAUAUUAUCAACAUAAACCAUUUUGUCUUACAAUUAAAAAUCCAUUAGGUGAACCACAACCAAAACAUUUUAUUAGAAAAAGACUUUUCUUUUUUGUUAUAUUCAUUUCUAUAAUAGAAUGUUUUUUUGAAUAUAAUGGAAAUUGUACGCCUAAAGUAACCAAUAGCAUUUUUUUCUUCAUUCUUACUACUGUUAUAACUCGUUCAAUUGCCUCUUUCUUUUCUAAUGAUAAAAAUUUCAGAGUUGAACUCAUUGCAAAAUAUGGUGAUAGAUUUAAAAAUCCAAAAUUAUAUAACUUUGUUUUUUUACGAAUUCGGGAUACAACACAAGUAAUUGACUUUUUAGGCGAACAAAGGCUCUAUUUACAAGUUGAUCUAGAUAUUAAUGAUGAAGAAUUAAAAAUAAUUGAAGAUAUUCAAAGACUUUAUCUGAAAAAACCACAUGAACGAAGUGAUGAAUUUAAAGAAGUUUACGAAAACAUUCGUCAGAUUAUUAAUAAUCAUGACUAUAUAAAUGGAAAAUUCUCUGAAGAAAAAUUAUUCGGCAACAUAAAAUCUGAUAGUAAUCUUAUUAUCAAAGAAAUUAUCCACGACAAACUAAAAAAUGCAAAAGAUAAAACCAUUUUGGAUGAUGAUUAUCAUUGGUUAUGUAAUAAUCAUAUUCAUGGUGUAAGGUUUAUGGCCGAUAAACUUAUGAAAAACUCAGUAGGAGUUUACAUAAAUGUUCUUGAGACAGGGAUACUUCAAUAUCUUACAUAUUCACAUCGGUCAGUUGCUAAUACAAAUUCAAGAAACAUUAAAAUUGAAAAGGAUGAUUCUGACUACAAAAUAAUUAUAAGAGAGGGAAGAAUAAAAUGGAUUGUUAUUCCUGCGAUCUCAGAGCUUGAAGACUUUUCUAUUGAUGAUUGUUUAAUGGUCAAAGAAAUAAAUGAUAGAAAUAUUGAAAAUUAUAAUGAUCAUCAGAUUAAUUAUCUUAAACAUCUUUUAUUUAUUGAAAAUUUACUUAGUAAAAAAUCAUUAGAUUGA